AUGGAUCUCACCAACGUUGAUUGUGGUUCUUCCAGUUUCCUUUUCCGCGAAUAUCUGCGAGAGACAGAUGGUGCCAAGGUCUUUUCUAGGAGAUUUCGUUAUAGGCUCGGAAAGUCGGAGUAUGACUGCCCUGCCAGCAUUCUUGCCGACCUUGUGUUCGCCGAAUACCAACUUCGAUACCAAGCUCAGCUGGCAUAUGUUAUGUUCGAGCCGACCCUAGGUGGUACCUCGGGAAAUGGAUGGUCUCUGAAUGUGCUGCGAGGGGAGGUUGCUGUGGCCGGGAUUGUGGCUGUUGCGCCAAACGGCUUUUUCACAAGCCGCGGCGAAGUAUGA